AUGCUAUCGAUUCACUCUUGUGGAUGUUGCCGUGUUUCCACAGCAAGAGCAUUCCAAUUCCGAACCUCACCUUCUCCUUCGCUCUUUUUCUCUGCUACGAACUGUAAAUUCCGUUUCGCCAUUACGAGCGCUGGUUCUGGUUUCGCUGGCGAGUCAAAUUCCGAUGGAGAGCAUAAAUCGAAUUACGCUGGUGUGCGGUUGGAGGAGACCGUGGAUUGCAGAAUCAGAUCUGAAAAACUAAGACUCGAUAGUUGGAUCUCUUCUCGCAUCAACGGCAUCAGUAGAGCUCGUGUCCAAUCAAGUAUUAGAGCGGGACUCGUUCAUGUCAAUGGCCGUGUGGUUGAUAAGGUUUCUUUCAAUGUCAAAGCUGGGGAUGAGAUCAAGUGCACAAUCGCAGAGUUGCAGAAGUUGAGGGCUGUGCCAGAAAACAUACCUUUGGAUAUAGUUUAUGAAGAUGAGCAUGUGCUAGUCAUAAAUAAACCUGCACACAUGGUUGUACAUCCAGCACCUGGAAAUACAUCUGGCACACUUGUCAAUGGCAUUCUUCACCAUUGCAACCUUCCAAAUGCUGAAUUUUCUAAAGAGGAAGGUCCUUCAGAUACCGAAGAUUCUGAUGAUGAGUUCAGUAGCUUCUGCUCCCAGGCGAGUUCUUGUGAAGGGUUACAUUCUAGACUGUCUGUGGCAUCAAUUCGCCCAGGGAUUGUACACAGAUUAGACAAAGGCACGAGUGGGUUACUCGUUGUUGCAAAGGAUGAACAUUCUCAUAUGAAAUUGUCAGAACAAUUCAAGCUGCGUACUAUCAAGAGGGUCUAUGUUAGUCUUACUGCUGGGAUCCCCACUCCGGUUGCUGGGCGUGUUGAGGUUCCUGUUGGCCGUGAUCUUAAUAACCGGCUACGUAUGACUGCUGUAGCCGGACCAGCUAAUUCUAGAAAUGCCCGUCAUGCUGCUAGUAGGUACAAAGUAAUUGAGAUACUUGCUGGGGGCAGUUGUGCAUUGGUUGAGUGGAAGUUGGAAACUGGACGCACUCAUCAGAUCCGUGCACAUGCCAAGUAUUUGGGAGUUCCUCUGCUGGGUGAUGAAGUGUACGGAGGGACGAAGAGUAUGGUAUUGUCACUGCUACGGCCCCGAACACCCCCGAGUUUGCAUGGCAAAAUUGUUAACAUGGUUUCUGGGGUAGAUAGGCCUUGCCUUCAUGCCUUGACUCUCGGGUUUCAGCAUCCCCAUACAGGGGAGCAGGUGCACUUUUCAUGCGAACCCCCUGUAGACUUUGAUGAGAUUUUGAGCCAGCUUCGUAGAAUUGGCAGUGAGAGGGUUUCUUUAUCAAACCGUUCAAAUUUAUGACGAGGCACUGUAAGCCAUUCAUAAUCACAGCGGGUUUCGUUUUCUUAUCAAAUUUGCUAAAUAUUUUUUUGAUCAUAUAUUAAUUAAAAAUACUAAAAUACAAACAAAUAAAAAAUAUUAAAAUACAAUGGCAAACAUAAAACAUGAAAGUGUAGACAGCAUAAAUUGUUUAACUAAAAUUUACACCAUCUAGUAAUUUGUGGAAUAUAAAAUUGACUGACGUCUUGUUGGCUUUGCUUUUGACUUUAGCUUUGCAAAUAUAUUCUGUAUUAAUUACUAGGUACUGUGUUCAUAAUUAAUAAUGAUUUACAUUAUAUAACAAGAUUAAAUAUAUAUACUCCAAUUAUCUUAAUUCCUCGUAACUUUAAUACCCUCAUUAUAUUUAUAAGUAGCUCAAGCAUAACAUCGGACGUUGAUGGUUACAGUGAACGUAAAUUAUAAUCUUAAACAAACUUGAAAAGUCAAGGAUUUCAAUCCUAGAGUACCUAUUUUUGAGGAGUGUUUCUACUAUUCCCGAGCUAAAAUUGCUAAAUAACUAUUGUCCCACGUAUGUAUGAUUUACCCAUAAGUUAUCGAAUAAGGUGUUACGGUGUUACUGUAAAUUUUUUAAUUGGUCAUAUUCUGCACUUUCAUUUAGUUCAGGUGUGUUGAAUUACCAAUUUUCAUUUAGUAGCUCAUACGGAUACAUAUAAAUGGAGUGAUAAUCACUAUAGUCCGAAUCAGUAUGUGAAUUAUGGGGAAGAAACAGUAUAUUUUGGUUUGACGAUGUUUUCAUUUUAAUUUUCAAUUUUUAGAAUAAUUUUUAUUUUUAGAUUUUUUUAAUAUUUAAAAUAUUU